CUCCACCCUCCUUCCCUUUCUCUCGCUCACUCGGCGAGAGCACCGUGCCUCCUUUCCCAGAUGGCAGCCGGCAGCGCCAUGCAGCCUCCCGUUCCUCCUCCUCCUCUCCCUCCUCUCCGGCUCUAAGUUAAUGCCAUGCUGCCACUGCUCUUCCCGGCACUGCUGGCCGCCUGCCUGCCGCCCUGCCAGGGCUGGAGCCCCUCGGCGGCUGCCAGCGGGCAGGAGGAGCAGGAGCAGGAGCUCUUCUUGCUCCCUGCCAACUCCUCCUCCCGCUCCUUGGCGAGCCUCGAGAUGGACCUCGACGGGGCAGCGAGCAAGGAGGAAGGUAGCACCGAUAGCCCGGGCACGCCGGCUGCCCCUAGCCAAGAACCUUUCUCUUCCGCUCCCACCACCUCCGGGCAGGAGCAGCCGGGGCAGGAGCAGCCGGGGCAGGAGCAGCCGGGGCAGGAGCAGCAGCAGCAGCGUCCCCAGCCGCAGGGGCAGCCGCAGCCCGCCGAGGACCCGCACUGCAACAUCAGCGUGCAGCGGCAGAUGCUGAGCUCGCUGCUGGUGCGCUGGAGCCGCCCGCUGGGCAUCCAGUGCGACCUCCUGCUCUUCUCCACCAACAGCCACGGACGAGCCUUCUUCUCCGCCGCCUUCCACCGCGUGGGGCCGCCGCUGCUCAUCGAGCACCUGGGGCUGGCGGCCGGCGGCGCCCAGCAGGACUUGCGCCUGUGCGUGGGCUGCAGCUGGGUGCGGAGCAGGCGGGUCGGGCGGCUGCGGGGCGCCGCGCCCCAGCCCCAGCCCCAGCCCCAGCCCCAGCCUCAGCCCCAGCCCCCCGCUGCCGCCGCUGCCGCCGCUGCCGCCGCCGCAUCCUCCUCUUCCUCCUCCUCCUCCUCCUCGCUUUCCUACCCGCCGGCGGCCGAGCCCGGCCAGUACUGGCUGCAAGGGGAGCCGCUGAAUUUCUGCUGCCUGGAUUUCAGCCUGGAGGAGCUGAAGGGCGAGCCGGGCUGGCGGAUGAACCGCAAGCCCAUCGAAUCCACCUUGGUGGCGUGUUUCAUGACUCUGGUCAUCAUCGUGUGGAGCGUGGCCGCCCUCAUCUGGCCCGUGCCCAUCAUCGCCGGAUUCCUGCCGAACGGCAUGGAGCAGCGCCGCGGCACCGCCGCCGGCACCGCCACCGCCGCCGCCGCCAAGUAGCCUCUCCCGGGGACCCCCCUUCUCUUCGUCCUGUGCUGUGGAGGGACGCGGGACGGACUCUGUCGCAUUUUUUCUCGUUUGCAGCGUGCCACAGGUGCGCGGCGGGACGUGUGGCCGCCUCACCGCCCGGCCCGGCCCCGAGGGCAGCGGCCACGAGGGGACCAAAUCAUAUGUGCGCGUUUUAUAUAUUUAAUACCCGUUUUAAACGAACCUUUUAGUAAAAAAAACCAAAAAGCAAAAAAAAAACCCCAAAAACCCUACCCAACCACCAAACAAUCCCUCCCCCUCCAGGAAAAAAAAAAAAAAAAAAAAAAAAAAAAAAAAAAAAAGGGCAAGAAAAAGGCUCCCUAACAAUUCAGUGGAGGAAAUCAAAGACCCUCCUAUUCGGCUGCAUUUGUUGUCAGAGUAGCGUUUUUGUAUAGGAUAUGGUUUGAACGGGUUUUUCCUUUAUGGACAGAAAGGAAUCUCUCUCUUUGACAGAAUGGGGAACUGAUGGGGUAUAUGUAUUGUUACUGCUGAAGCUGAACUUUAAUGGACCUUUCACACUUUAUUUCCUGGUUGAGAUAGUGUAUUUAUUAUUGUAGCUCUGCGUUAUUUGGCUUUUAAUACAGAGGUUUUCUUUCUGGAGCCACUGUAGCCUUUUGUUGGUCUGUUUCCUCCAGGGUGGAACAGAGGGUUUGGCUGGCCUUCCUGUCUGCAAACCUGCCACAAAGCUCCUUUCCCCAAGAAAUGGCGUUACUGGGGCUGCUGGUGGCAAAAGGAGAAUCCCAAAUCCUUUCUGACUGGUAUUUGCUCUAUUUGUGCAGGAGAUGUGGGUCUGUAUGCCUACACCAGGGUUGGGUGGGGAGCACAGCUGUGCCAGAGAUCCUCCAAAGCAGUUUCAUCUUCACAUCUCCACAGACUAUGGCUUUCUCCUCAGUUUGAGGUUGGGUUGCUUCAGUCCUGGGGAAAUGAAGCCUAUUCUGAGUUGUGCUAAACAGCGUGGGGCAAGUCUCUCGACUUCCUCAAGGUUAAUUUCUCAAAACCAGCUUAGAUGCAGUGUAUUUGUUGGAGACACAGUAAUGCUGUACCUCUUUUUCAUCAACCAGUCUGCAGGGCUGCUCCCAGCAAGUCUGUGGGGUGAGAAGGCAGGAGCUGCCAGUCCAGAACUAGAUUCCAGGUGCUGCUGUGCAAGGGUACAAAGAAGAAAGAUUUAUUUUCUCUUGUUUGAGCAGACAGCUGUGUAGCCUGAAAUACCAUUUGUUGUAUACUUCCAACUGUUUAGCCUUAUAAAAAGUUGUUUCAUUUGCCUUAGACAUGAUUAGUCCGGCUAAAGUUUCUAAAACCAAAAUAUGAGCUAAGUGACGAAUAUUUGCAAUAGGAAUUCUUUUUUUUUUUGGUCAACAUCACUGUUUUUAAUUUGCUAGGAAUGCAUGAAUUUGCUUGGGGCCAGUUUGGUGUAUUCGUAAUGUAUGGUGGAAAUGACUGGAUGAAAAGUCGGGAAGGAUUAAAUUCUUAGGAUUCCCAUAUUUUUUAACUGACAACAAAAUAAAAUAAAUGCAUGCUCUAUGUGUAUGCUGUCUGGACAAAAAGACAGAGAAAAAGAUUGACAAACAGCAGAAAUAAAUCAAGAUUUAAAAAUGCUUCAUGUUACUAGGCUGCCUCUACACCCACUGUUCCUCCUGUUAAUCCUCUUGUGGGGUUGUCACUCGAGUAACAUUUCAGUGGCAUUGUUUUCAGAAAGCAGAGGAUCUGAUUGCUGUGGGAAGUGCUCUCUUGACCUGUUGAUCCAAAGGGCACCUGGCCCUGUACACCUAGUUUAGAGAGCCUCUAUUUUCUUUCCUUGAUGUGUAAUACAGUGUCAUUUCCACCUUGUGCAAACUCUUGUCAGAUAUUUGACAUGCUAGAGAGCAAUUCUUUGCCUAUUAUCUCCAGUGUAACAGAGACACCUCUUCAUACUGAAAGGCAGGGCUAGCAGGAAAACAUGAAGAUAGUGCUAACACCCUCUCAAAAGAGAAAUGUUCUACAUAUGGAAUAGACCUCAGAAAAGUUGCCAUGCUAGGGAAUAAUUUCAUCUUUUGAAUGAGAUGCAUUUAGGUAGAGAGUUAAGAAUUUUUACUGGAAAUUUUUCUGGCUUUGUUAAUUCAUGAUGUAUAGUCCUUGCUGUGGUGCAGGGAGCCUGUGCUUAAACUCAAUUGAAUCUCUGUUGAAUCUCUUUUUUGCUUAUCCUUAUUUUACCAGUGAUAUGAUAUUGGGUUUUUGUUUGGUUUUUUUCCUGAAUUGCAUCAACAUAAACAAGGGUAUGGUGUUACUGUCUGAAACCGGCAAAUUCAGUUAUUAAAGACUUAUUAUUUUGCAGUUCUUGCAGACAUGUAGCAGGUGGUACACCAAAACUGGUACAAAAUGGCUUGUUUUUCAACUUCUAUCAAUGUCAGCUUGAAUACAAACUUCGUGAAUAGACAGUGCCACACUCAGAGUAUUUUGCUGCUUCACUUAAAAAACAUGAUACAAGAGAGGGAUUUUCUUAUUUUAUAAAUACACUUGUAACUGGAGCUAUUAUUAAAAAUAUGCUAAGACACGAAUGUUUAAAACACAGGGAUGGUGUUAAACAAACUCCAAAGGCAAGUCUUGUCCAGGAUACAAACAACUUCAAUGUUUUCAGGGAGUGCUGAUCUCAGACACAAUGUGCUGAGAGCCCUUGUGGGUUAGGGCAGGUGUUUCCUUAGAUCGCAGUGACCGUGAGCAUGAGCAUGUUCCUUUCGCAGACAGAGACCGGUCCUGUUUCUGUGCCUUAAAGAGGAGUUUAGGGCACAGCAGGGGGCACAGGGAUUACCUGCUGUACAGGCUUUAGGCUGAAUCUAACUCCCUGAACCUCGGGCUUCAGUGAGGUGGCAGCAGGGCUUCUCCUGUAAGAAACAGACAGUGGAAAUGCGCUAUGCAAAUGGUGAGCUUUCUUCAGUCACUGUUACACCCAACUUCAAUAACUCUGCUCCUGUAGCUGUACUACUGUGACUCUAAGUAAAGUAUAAUUUUGAGUAACUUUUGCCUUCAUCCAUGGGAAUUCCAUGUGAACGUAACCUGGAAGAAGCAAGCCCAGGGCAAUGUGGAAUGAUAUAUCUGCACACCAGCUAGUUAAAGAUUACAAGUUUAGACACUGAAAUGUCUGUUUAUUUUCUUCUGCACUGGGAGUGGAGCUUUAUUGUCUCUUAGCUGGAGUUGACUCUAAGUCAUUUUUAUUCAUUUGGAUUUAUUUUUAAGACCAGCUGGUAGCAGGGUCAUCACGAGAGCAGAUUAGUCACCAUGUAUAAUCCUUUAUGUACUCAGGGAGGGCAUAUAUUUGUGUAUAUCUACCUACAUAUGAGGACUCACUCUGUAGAACAUAAAGUUACAGCACAAGUGAGAAAAGGGACGGUGAGAAACAAUACUGAGAAAGUAGUACUGAUUUUCCUUCACUAUUUGGUGGCUCGUGUUUCUUGGUAAGUUAUCCUGAUUUUAUUUACAUAUGAGUGUUUGUUGGAAAGUAAGGAAUAUCUAGGAACAGAGGGACUUUCUGAUUUACUUUUUAAAAUGUAAUUCAACUCUGUUACAGAUUUUUGUUUUCAUGCCAGAAACCAGGAACAAUCUAGACAUUCAGCAUUACAAGGUACUAGGCUUGUAUGCUAGUGUUAGACUGUUUUUUUUCCUGUAUAUUCAGACCUCAGAAUUUAAUCUUUCACCUGUUUUCUUAGUUAUGUUUCACAGAUGUUUUAGAAGCAGAAGCAUACAGAGGAAUGUGUAGUUUUAGCGUGGACAUGGUUUUGCUGUUGCUUAGUGUCACAUUGAUUCCUAUGAUAAAAAUACAAAAAUGUAGUACAGUGUAAUAAUAGUUAUAUAUUAUGUAAGCACACUGUUGCUCAAUAGGUUGUCAGUAAUCAAGCAUUUCUGUGUGUCAGGAGGCAUUUGGAUAUUUGGGCAAAACUGCCAUACUACGUUAAAUGUAAGAGUUGUUACUUAUCCAGGGUUUAGUUCACCAGUGCUUUCAAUGAUUAAUGCAACAGCAGAACUAUUUGUGCAAUGCAUGUUACUCAAUAUGAGUAAAGGCUACUGAACCAGACCAUAAAAAAACCUAAUUAAAAGCUGUAGUUGGCUGAAGAGGUAUUAUUCAUCAUGACAUCUGCUUGCUAAAUAGAAGUAUCUCCAGGGCGGACAUUAUGUGAUCACAAGGGCUGAACAAAAGCCUAGUGAAAUCAAAUAGUUAAUUGAAGUUUUGUAGGACUGGAGAUCAAAGGAUUUAUUUUGAAGAUAUAUAUAUAUAUAUAGAUGUAAGGGUAGGUAUGAUGUUCUUGUUUCUCUUCGGUUUUUAUACACGUAGUUUAUAAAUCCAAAGCCAGGAUUUCUCAGUCCAAUGUAGGGCCUUGCCAGCUUCUUUCUUUAGUAUGAAAAUGUCAGUUAUUUUUCAAGGAAUUUUACAGGAUAAAUGUAAAUUUUUUCCAAUCUAUUUCAGGGAAAGGCCUUGACUUUGCAAAAAAGCAUUUGUAAUGAUUCUGGGAAAGCAUAUAAGUAUCAAAUCCCAAAUGCAUUCAGAUUUCAAAGAAUAAAAAAAUCUUUUUAAUCAGUAACUUAUUUUUAAAAGCAUAUUUUUAAACAAAAAAAAAAUCCGUUUUCAUUUUUCCCCUCAGAAGCUGAACAUUUCAGUGAAGAUCAGAAGUGCAUUUGAGUGUUUCACAUUGUGAUUUUGUAUGUGAUUUUUUUGUGGAAAAAAAAUUCUCUUCCAUGAUUUGGAACUGAUGACAGCUUUUGACAGAUAAGUUACUGUAUUUCUUGUCCCAUCUUCAUAAUAGUUCUGAUGAAAUAAGUUGUCCAAAAUAAUUGUAAAUCAUAAUAAUAAUAAUAAUAACAACAAUAAAGUAGCUUAGCCCA